ACACACACACACACACAUACAAAGGCAUACGAAUCUCGCUCAGCUGGUCGGUAUAAGUUGUAGUUUCUCUCUGUGGCCCAGUACGUUUGGAGGUGUCCCCUUAAUUAAUUUGUCGACGUUUUAUUAGCACAACAAAGUCUGGAAUAUGUCGACAGCUGUUCAACCACCUCCACCUCCGCCACCAUCUGCAGCAGCUGCUUCCGCAGGAAAGGGAUUGCACUCCAAGCUUUACAAUGGAAUGAUUGGAGCUGCUGAUAAAUUUGUGCCUGCCAAGCUGCGUCCUCUGUGGAUGCAUCCAGCUGGACCCAAAACGAUUUUCUUCUGGGCUCCUGUAUUCAAAUGGGGUCUCGUUGCAGCUGGAUUGAGUGAUUUGGCAAGACCAGCCGAUUCUAUUUCCGUUUCAGGAUGCGCUGCUCUAGCUGCCACGGGAAUCAUUUGGUCUCGUUAUUCAUUGGUGAUCAUACCAAAGAACUAUAGCCUUUUUGCUGUGAAUCUCUUCGUAGGCAUAACGCAGGUGGUUCAACUGGCUCGAGCAUACAACUACCAAUUGGAACAGGAUAAAUUAAAAAAGGCACAGACUCAGGAGGAAAAGCCCGCCUUAAAGCAGUAGAUUUAUUGUGUAUUAAAUGGUGCUAGGUGCUAUACAUUAUGUACAUAUGCAUGGAGCGCACAACGAAAACGUUUUUGUAGACUAGUGGACGACCAGUUUUUUUGUGGUUUAUUGCCUUAUUAAUAGAACGUGAUUCUUAUUGAUUAAGUUUUGUAAAUUUUCUUUUGAGGCUUAAAGUGUGAAUCAUAUUUUAUUUAAAUGUAAACAGAGUUGCAAAUAAUUAUAGUUUUUGUGAGAAACAAAUAAAUUUUAAGACUACAAUAUAGAAAA